GUAGGAAAGUUAGAUUCUACGGGCUUCCUCAUGAAACGUGCGGGGUUGGUUUCAGCAUCCUUUAUAUUCUCGUUUGUGAUCGUCACAUAUGGCUCCACGUGUGAUCAACCAACCUCUCCUCAUGGCUCAGUCAUCACUCAUCCCACUCGGCGAGAAAAGUACCAAAACGGCCAAGUAAUCCUCUUUGGCUGUAAACAGGGUUUUUAUCUGGAUGGAAUGCCAAUUAUAACAUGCAAUGGGAACAAAUGGACACAGACACAAUUCCGAUGUCUUGGGUUUUGUCCGGAGGUGGGUAACAUUUUAAAUGGUAAAGUAUCUCAUGUGACCCCACAAGUUGGCAAGGCUGCCAUAGAAUUUCGCUGUGCUAAUAACAGUUUCCAGCUGAUCGGUAAGACAAGGUUGGAGUGCAUAGAUGGACAAUGGAAUGGAAAGUUACCCUAUUGUCAAAAGUUGCCGUCGUGUGUUCGUCUGCAAAGUCCAGCUAACGGUACACUACAUGGCAAUGACAACAGCCAUGGUGCAGAAGCAAACUUCACUUGUUUUACAGGCUUUGAUCUAUUUGGGGCUUCAGCAUUAACAUGCAACAAGGGCGUUUGGAGUUCACAAGUUCCAACUUGUAAAG